UGAAGUCAAUUGGUUCAUUGUUUUGCCUUAUUCAUCUACUGACCUAUUCCCUGGCUUUUGAAUUAUGCACUGAAAGUCGAUGCUAUCCCGUGUAUCAGGAUAAAGCUCCGUUUAUUAAAGAUGAUUUCUUGAAACUACAUCAUUGCUUUGGACUUUUGCACUUGAAGACCAUUGCUAACUUUGAGGAUGGACGCCUAAAGGUUAAGGAUUUGGAUAGGUGUACAUUUGAAUUUCAGAAUUCGAACACUUCCAUCGAAGUUUUGCCUAUGAGGAAGGACUUUCAAUUUUGCUCAUACGGUACCGAGGAACCAACGUGCAUCACCAAUUCUCAACAAAUGGCACCCAAACGAUUACCUCCACUCCCAAGUGGUGACCCUUGGUUGUCUCAAUCAGUGGGCCAAAUCAGCUCAGGGGUUUUGGUAUGUGGUGGCUUUAAAGGCAAAGUUGACGAUCCUUCAUUGUGCCACUUAUUCAACCAAACCUCUAAGCAAUGGCAAACGUUCCCGCAUUUAUUAAUUGGUGCUGACAAAUCCCUCAUGAUUAGCAAUGCCGAAAAAGUAGCCCUGAUUGGAGGACGAAUAAGCAAGAAUGAAGGCACUAAAUCAAUUCAAAUAUUCAAUGGAACAGCAUGGAUUCUGGGCCCAGAAAUGAAUACUAAAGGCUGGGGUGCGAAGAGUGUUGCACUGAAUCAGUCCCAUCAUCUGGUUGUGGGUGGCUUCGAACCCUCUCUACACUUUAAUAACGAUGUUAUCCUCUUUGACUUGGACUCCGAGACCGUUCAUACAAUUGCAUCUUAUCCCCAAUCUACAGUAAUUGUGGGUGCUAUGAAGUACUCGCAUGAAAGAAAGGACUUUGUGAUAUGCUUUGGAGAUCAGUCUACUCCCGUGGAUAAGAUCAUUUAUAAACUGGAUUUGGACCACUUCACAUGGAGCAAGUUUGAGGGAGAAACUCCUACGACAUUCGUAGCUGGGAAGUCAAUGGCGAUUAGUUCCAAUGUCAUGUGGAUUGCAUUGGUUUAUGACGUACGGUGGGAGGCAAGUCCAUAUCAUUACAAGUUGACCAUAGAAAAGGGUCAGGCUAAAUGGGACAGAUUGCCUUCUUUACCUAUCGGAGUUGUCAUUGGAACCCAAGAAACAGAGCUUAUUGAGUGACUGAGCUCAUUAUACAAGGACUUGCAUUACUCCCCAAACCAGGUCCAUCAAGCAGCCUAAACUUAAAGCGGAGAGGGAAUAGAUAAAUAUUGUGUGAUAUUAUGUGUGACAAACAUAACAACUAUGAAAUUAUUUUACGAUUAAAAUCAAAUAAACAUAAGGUUUCAAAGGA